UUAAGAAGCCAAAUCCAGCCCUGGAUCUGGUUUGCAUUUCCCUCUCCUUUGCAUGUUCUUAAUUAUAAUAUCACAGAACUGGGGGCUCCCACUGAGCAUAAAUAUGUAGGAUCAGCUGGCUGGAUUUGGAGCAUCUAAAUAUGCAUUUCCACCCCUCAGGAACUGAGAGCAGGAUGAGAGCUAAGGCCAACAUGGAAUUUAGCCAGUGCUUUAAGCAUGUUAUUUCCAGUGCAGGAGCUGCACAGAACAGUACUGGGGAGCUGCUAAAGCUGAGCUGCAGUGGGGAAGGGGAUGAGGCUCAGCUCAUCUGACAGGCAAGAGGCACUGAGGCCUGGCCCAAAGCCUGCCCAGCCUCUCUUCUGAGUGCUGCCCUUAUGAUGGGCUCUGUGCUUUGAGGAAACCCCAGUGACCCAGCCAUGGACAGGUCAUGCUGGGAUGUUCACACCAAGCCCCUUCUCCUUCCCCUUCCCUGCUUCCCAAGCAGCUGCUUUCUGCACCCCUCUGCCAUUGCUGCUGGUGUUUUGGGGGAAAAGAGGCUCAGGGAGCAGGAUGAAAUGAGAGAUGGCCACAGACACAGAGCUGGAGAAGAGUAAGUUUGAUAAAAAAUAUUGGUCUGAGCUAGAAAACUCCGUGAGCCAAGUCCUUGGAAUCGCAUCACACCAAAGCAAACAGCUCCCCCACCCUGCCAGGACAAGCCAGAUAAUCUCCCAUUUUCCUGCAAGUUUCGACACCAGCCAUGCCAGCGGUGCCCUCAGGCUGCUGAUCCCGUCUGCUCCCACAGGCUGUGCCAUGAUCUCGGCUGUGCUGCUCCUCUGGACCGUGCCCUGCGUGGCAAACCACAUCCUGGGGGGCUUUGCCAAGCGGCAGCUGCAGGACGGUGCCCAGCUGGCCUGCAGCCUGCCCGGGCCCCCCGGGCCCCCCGGGCCCCCGGGCCUGCCCGGCACCCCCGGCACCGUGGGCAGGAUGGGCUUCCCGGGCAAGGACGGCAAGGACGGCCAGGACGGCGACAAGGGCGAGCACGGCGAUGAAGGUCCCCAGGGCAGAACAGGAAACCCUGGCAAGCCAGGCCCGAAGGGGAAAGCAGGAGCCAUUGGCAAGGCCGGGCCCCGCGGGCCCAAGGGUUUGAAGGGCAGUCCCGGGAAAAGCGGGGCCCCGGGGAAGAAGGGGCCCAAGGGGAGCCGGGGCGAGGCCGGGCUGCCGGGGCCCUGCAGCUGCGGGGCCGGCAGGGCCAGGUCUGCCUUCUCGGUGGCCGUGUCCACCAGCUACCCCCGCGAGAGGCUGCCCAUCAAGUUCGACAGGAUCCUGAUGAACGAGGGAGGGCACUACAAUGCUUCCAGCGGCAAGUUCAUCUGCAGCAUCCCGGGGAUUUACUACUUCACCUACGACAUCACCUUGGCCAACAAGCACCUGGCCAUCGGCCUGGUGCACAACGGGCAGUACCGCAUCAAGACUUUCGAUGCCAACACCGGCAACCACGACGUGGCCUCUGGAUCCACCAUCCUGGCGCUGAAGCAGGAGGAUGAGGUGUGGCUGCAAAUCUUUUACUCAGAGCAAAAUGGGCUCUUCUAUGAUCCCUACUGGACAGACAGCUUGUUUACUGGAUUCUUGAUUUAUCCUGACCAAGAUUAUCUCAAUGAAGUGUAGGAGGAGAAACUGUGGGGACAAAAUAGGAAAUGGCCUCAAUCCAACAAACUGAGGCCUUACGUGGGUCAUGCCUGGGAUUAUCAGAUGAUUCCACAUUUGCCUAUGGGAUUAUCAGCUGAUUGCACCCUGUAUGGACUAUUGAGACUUUUCCACAGGGUACCAGGCCUUCAUCAGCCUCAUCAAUGUCUCCAUCCCAAAGCCACCCAUUAUGUAUUCCAUGAUUAUUCAUUCCAAGAUGCCAUGGACAUGUAAUUCAAAUACUGGUGCAGAAUGCUUUGGUUAUUGCAUUGUUAUAAUAAAGCAUGGAAACCAGCAGUCAUUUCCUAAAGCUGAGCUGGGAAGUGCCACUGAUGCUGGAGAUUGUGUCACUGGGCUCCCUCCUCCACACCCCAGCACAGCCCUUGUUAAUGGAAUCGGGUUUUGCCAGCCAAAAAGAGUCAGGAAUUUGCCAGCUGGAGUUGUAAAAGUCCCUCCCAGGCCAUCAAGGCAUCUGGUCUGCACAGGAAGUGAUUAAAAGGUCUUGUUUUUAAGGCUCAGGGCUCCUCUCAGGGCACAAAGUGGUGCUCUGAGCACCUCUGGUGUCCCUCAGAGCAAAGAAUCAGUCACAGAAGGGUUUGGUUGGGAAGGAUCUUAAAUCUCAUCUGGUUCCACCCCUGUCAGAUACUUAGGAAUGGGGUCAGCAUUAACAUGAUGUUUGUAAAACCAAGAAAGAGACAAAGACAGAACUUUAU